CACCUCCUCUCCUCAAAGAAACCUCCAGAGCUAGCAAGAGAGAACUAAGAGGAAGAGAGUUAAAGCUAAGCUAGGUACUUGAAGAUGAUGAAGCUGAGGUCAAAGAGGUUCUGCAGAAGCUUCAGCAGCUCUAAGAUUAAGGCAGGGACUGAUCUGAAGGCUCAGUUUGAUACUAAGGCCAUGAAGCAGGUUGAGGGUGAAAUCAAGUGGGAGCUUAGACCGGGAGGCAUGCUUGUUCAGAGGAGGGAGACUCAAAUCGCUGGAGAGGGCAUGAUCACCGUGAAAGUCUCCACUGUUACACAGUGGCAUGACAUCUCCAUCGAACCCACCUCUACUUUCGGGGAAUUAAAAAUGAUACUGUCAUUGGUGACUGGUAUGGAGGCAAUAGAGCAGAGGCUAUUGUACAAAGGAAAAGAGAGAGAUGACGGUGAAUACCUACACAUGGUUGGUGUUAGAGACAAAGACAAGGUGUUGUUGCUCCAAGAUCCAGCUAUGAAGGAGAUGAAGCAGAUGCUUCAUGGAAGCAACAUUGCAACUUCUACUUGCAGUCGCACCAUUAGUGUCUGAUCGAUCUAGUAUCAUCAAUAAUGACUUAAUAUUUAAACAUUGAUGGAAAUCAAUUAAUCUCCAUCGAUUACUAACCAGAAAAUCGGAAUUAUCAAGUUUGUAUGGCUAAUAGCUAGCAACUUUGAUGUGUCAUUUUGUUGGUACUCCUAGCUAGCCUUGUAAUGUUAAACUGUUAAUGACAUUAUUUACUUCA